CGACAACGUGCACAGCGCCGCCGCGAUUGCACCAUGGCUGUCGACUCCAAGACGUACGUCAAGGCAAUCGCGUCCAUUGUGGAUGAAAUCAUCAAGGCAUAUGAGAAGCAAGACCCUGUCAACAUGACGCGGUUGAAGAACGACGUCGCCAAAGUGUACAAGCUUCCUUCCAUGCCAAAGCUCGUCGACAUCAUAUCAGCCAUUCCAGAGGAAUACCGCGACGAGCUCGUUCCAUACUUGAAAGCCAAACCUGUGCGCACGGCGUCUGGUAUUGCCGUCGUGGCCGUCAUGUGUAAGCCCCAUCGGUGCCCCCAUAUCGCCAUGACUGGCAACAUCUGCGUCUACUGCCCCGGCGGUCCCGACUCGGAUUUUGAGUAUUCUACGCAGGCAUACACUGGGUAUGAGCCCACGAGCAUGCGAGCGAUCCGAGCGCGGUACAACCCCUACGUCCAGACCAAGACUCGCGUCGACCAGCUCAGACGGCUUGGCCACAACGUCGACAAGGUGGAAUUCAUUGUGAUGGGCGGCACGUUUCUGUCACUCGACCGAGACUACCGAGACUGGUUCAUGCGCAACCUCCACGACGCUCUCUCGGGCCACACGUCGAGCUCCGUUGCCGAAGCCGUGCGGUACUCGGAACAAGGUCAAAUCAAGUGCACGGCCAUCACGCUGGAAACCCGUCCCGACUACUGCUUGAAGCCACAUUUGAACGACAUGUUAUCGUAUGGGUGCACCCGCAUCGAAAUUGGUGUCCAGAGCAUUUACGAAGACGUGGCUCGAGACACGAACCGUGGCCACACUGUUGCCGCCGUGUGCCAUUCCUUUCAACUCGCCAAAGACUGCGGGUACAAGAUCGUGGCGCAUAUGAUGCCCGAUCUCCCCAACAUGGGGAUGGAGCGGGACCUGCAUGGGUUCCAAGAAUACUUUGCCAACCCGUUGUUCCGCACGGACGGGCUCAAGAUUUACCCGACGCUCGUCAUUCGAGGGACCGGUCUGUACGAGCUGUGGAAGGCGGGCCAGUACAAAAACUAUUCGCCAGAUGAGCUCGUGGACCUGAUGGCGCGGCUCUUGGCCCUCGUUCCGCCCUGGACGCGCGUGUACCGCAUCCAACGCGACAUCCCGAUGCCCCUCGUCACGUCCGGCGUCGAGAACGGCAACUUGCGCGAGCUCGCGUUGGCUCGUAUGAAAGACUUGGGCCUGACAUGUCGAGACAUACGAACGCGGGAAGUCGGGAUGAAAGGCAUCCACGAUCAAAUCGCCCCCGACGACGUCGAGUUGGUGCGCCGCGACUACGUCGCCAAUGGCGGAUGGGAGACGUUCUUGGCGUACGAAGACGUGGCGCAAGACAUCCUGGUCGGUCUCUUGCGGCUGCGGCAAGCCAGCGCGACGGCAUUUCGACGAGAAAUCCCGCCUGGCACAUCCAUCGUACGCGAGCUCCACGUGUAUGGGUCGGCCGUGCCCAUCCAUUCUCGGGAUCCUACCAAGUUCCAGCACCAGGUACCUCCACGCAGCCCUUUUGCAUCAUCUCCACUCUGGCAUGGACGACGUACAGGGAUUUGGGACGCUUCUCAUGGAAGAAGCCGAGCGCAUUGCCCGCGACGAGCACAAGUCGACCAAGAUCGUCGUGAUUGCCGGGGUCGGUACACGGCACUACUACCGAAAGCUCGGCUACGAGUUGGAUGGUCCGUACAUGUCCAAAUCUCUCGCCGAUUGCUCCGACGGGUAGCUCAUGUAGCACUCGAUCACCUCACGACCGUCGUGACGUCCGUGGUGGUAGUAGUAGCGUGCCAUCCCCAAAGUCGAACGCAGAUCCGGCGGCGGUGUUUCGCAACCUCGAAUAGAUUCCGAGUGGCCAGUCGCGUUUAUCGCACGGUUGGAUGCCUCGAGCACCAAAAUCCAGUCCCUUCACUCUUCCACGUCUCCACACGUCAUGCAAUGACCUGACGAUUCAGGACCAAUGGCGGCCUGCCACCGCUUGAUGACACCAACUCGCCGAGAUGUUACGUCGUCGCGGCCACACGACGAAAC